GAGUCAGGGGUGUACACGUUAAACUAUACUGGCUGUUACCUGCUUGUUUGCUUGUACUGGACGCUAUAAUGAAAGUCAUCACGAGUCCUAACCAUUUCCCUGUUUUGUGAUUGGUUGAUAACCCUAACCCUGUUUUGUGAUUGGUUGGUUGUGUUGCUAGGCGGAGGUGGACACCGUAGAGCGGUUGUCUCGUUUGGUCCCGUGUGAACAUGAAGACCUGCUGAACAUCACGCUGCGUCUCCUCCUCAACCUCUCCUUUGACACCGGGCUACGCAUCAAGAUGGUGCAGGUCGGCUUGCUGCCCAAACUCACCUCCCUGCUGGGUGACGAGAACCACAAGCAGAUGGCCAUGUGUAUCCUGUACCACAUCAGUGUUGAUGACAGGUUCAAGUCCAUGUUCGCCUACACCGACUGCAUCCCACAGUUGAUGAAGAUGUUGUUUGAGCACGGUGAGGAGAGGAUCGAUGCUGAGCUCAUCUCCUUCUGUAUCAACCUGGCAGCUAACAAGAAGAACGCUCAGCUCAUCUGUGAAGGUAAUGGUCUAAAGAUGUUGAUGAAGAGAGCGCUGAAGCUGAAGGAUCCUUUACUUAUGAAGAUGAUACGAAACAUCUCUCAACACGACGGACCACCUAAACACCUCUUCAUCGACUAUGUAGGAGACCUGGCAGCCCAGAUCAGUCCUGAUGAAAACGAAGAGUAUGUGAUCGAGUGUCUGGGGACCCUGGCUAACCUCACUAUCGCUGAUCUGGACUGGGAACUGGUGCUGAAGGAGUACAACCUGGUACCUUACUUUAAAGACAGGCUCAAACCAGGGUCUGCAGAGGAUGACCUCAUACUGGAGGUGGUAAUCAUGAUCGGGACGGUGUCCAUGGACGACAGCUGUGCCGCCAUGUUGGCCAAGUCUGGCAUCAUCCCUGCUAUCAUAGAACUACUCAACGCCCAACAAGAGGACGAUGAGUUUGUGUGUCAGAUCGUCUAUGUGUUUUACCAGAUGGUGUUUCACCAGGCUACCAGGGAGGUCAUCAUUAAAGAGACACAGGCUCCGGCGUACCUUAUCGACCUGAUGCACGACAAGAAUGCUGAGAUACGCAAGGUCUGUGACAACACUCUGGACAUAAUCGCUGAGUAUGAUGAGGAGUGGGGGAGGAAGACUCAGAGAGAGAAGUUCCGGUGGCACAACUCUCAGUGGUUGGAGAUGGUGGAGAGUAGGCAGAUGGAGGAGGGAGAGCCCUUCAUGUACGGAGAGGAUGGAGAGAUGGACAGACCUGACCUCUUCUACAGCACUGAUGGGAUCACCCCUGCGUCAGGAGCGGUCAGUCCAGACUUCUUCAGUGAUCCCUACGCACAGAAUGGAGACGGACAACACGGUGGAGGAGCUGAUGGGUUUGACCUGACCACGGGGACAUCAAGCCGACCGGCCACCGGCUUCGGCUUCAGGCCAGACGAGCAGUUCUACGACUACACUUCUUCCAGAUAAACCUUCACAGUCUGACCAAUCACCAUCCACUAUGAACACUGACCAAUCCCCCUUCACAGUCUGACCAAUCACCAUCCACUAUGAACACUGACCAAUCCCCUUCACAGUCUGACCAAUCACCAUCCACUAUGAACACUGACCAAUCCCCUUCACAGUCUGACCAAUCACCAUCCACUAUGAACACUGACCAAUCCCCUUCACAGUCUGACCAAUCACCAUCCACUA